AUGCAGCGGGGUGUGACAGACUAUCCCUUUCGGAAGAAAAGUGAGGACCAGCUGUCAACCAACCAGCCGCCGUUCCUACGGAGUGAGAGCGAACCUUCGUGCCGCACAGCACCUUCACAUGUGACCGCCGAAAUCAUGGGUAUGGAUCACAAUGUUGUGGCCAAUUUUCAAGCUCUCCAAGAUUAUAAACCAAACAAGCAGCUCAAACGAAUCGCGUUGAAUGUUGCUUUGUGCAUCGAUGCUCCGGCUUCGCGUUCAGCAGGCUAUUUUUAA